AUGUAGACCUGGGGUUUAACGCACCCGAGUGAUUUAUCUUGCUGCUUGCAGGGUUCGCACGCUAAUCCCUCUCUCGCUCUCUCGCUAUGGCGUGUUGCAAAAGGCUACCCCAAGGUGGCAUAGUUUGUCGAUGUCUGCGUGCAUUUUAUCGCUUGUUAAGCAGCGACUUGAUGCUUACUCUAAUUCUGUUCGGCGUCGUUGUGGGGUUCGUCGUUGGUGCUAUCAUCAAUGGACCUAUCAACCGUGUCACGGAUAUCGAGAAGCAGACUACUAUUAUCAUGUUGGUGGGUUUUCCUGGCGAACUCUUCAUGAACAUGUUGAAGCUGCUUAUUCUCCCGUUAAUCAUGGCGAGUUUGAUCUGCGCCGUGGCGUCUUUGGAUGCAAAGGCAACCGCUAAGAUCGGUCGUAGGACCGUUAUCUAUUAUCUGAGUACGACCUUUCUAGCGGUUAUACUAGGGAUUGUACUUGUGACUAGUAUGAGGCCUGGCGCUGGUGGCAAGCCGAAUACCACCAUGCAGAAGGAUAUUCCCAAGUUCCGCAACGUGGACUCCUUCCUUGACUUGAUCAGACAAGUUUUCCCACCAAACAUCGCAGAGGCUACGUUCAAUCAAAGACAGACGGUUUACAUAAAAAUGCCUGCGGAAUAUCUUGUCUACAACACAACAGUGGAUGUAAGCAGCCUAAACCCAAACGAGACAAUAAAGAUCUUCAGCAAUGGCACUCAUAACUUGACCACCAUACGGCAAUUGGUCCAUCGGGCAUACGACCAAAUCCCCGGUGGGACGUUCCCCACCCCCGGUAGCUCCAUGAACGUCCUGGGCCUGGUGAUGUUCUCUAUCGUACUGGGGGCCAUGCUCAGUAAGAUGGGAGAUAAGGGACUUCCUCUCAAGUGCUUCUUCCAGGCUCUGAAUGACGUAGUGAUGCGAAUGGUCACGCUGGUCAUGUGGUACUCCCCUGUCGGCAUAUGCAGUCUAAUCGCGUCCAAGGUGGCAGGAAUGGGAGACAUCGCGCUAUCGCUCAAGCUACUCGGCAUGUUCAUGUUGACGUCAAUCCUGGGAAUCCUCCUUCACACGAUGAUCACUCUUCCCAUUAUCUAUUAUGUCAUGACCAAGAAGAACCCAUUCAAGUUCAUGAAGGGGAUGAGCGACGCCCUCGUCACGGUGUGGGGCACGGCAUCUAGCGCUGCUACGCUGCCGACCACCAUCCGCUGCGCGGAGGAGAACAAUGGAUUAGACUCGCGCAUAACAAGAUUCGUGCUACCGCUGGGCGCGACUGUGAACAUGGACGGCACAGCUCUGUACGAGGGAGUGGGGGCCAUCUGGAUAGCGCAGAUCAACAACAUACCGCUGACAGCAGGACAGAUUGUUACCACGAGCCUUACAGCUACAGCUGCUGCUAUUGGUGCGGCUGCAGUACCGUCCGCUGGCCUCAUCACCAUGGUGAUUGUCUGUCAAGCUAUCAAUGUUCCACCGGACGAUAUCGGACUUAUCUUUGCCGUCGACUGGUUUAUUGAUCGCUUCCGAGGGCUCCCAAACAUCAUGGGGGACUCAUACGGAGCGGGUAUCGUGCAGCACUUGUCCAAGGAGGAGCUCGCAGAGCCACACACACUGAACGACGCCGAGGAGGGGUUACCCCUUAACGAGAACAAUACCGAGACUGUAGCCAGCGGAGGGCACCCAGCUUAGUCCCUGUCCUUCUACUCGGGAUUCCUGUAGUUGGCCUUGAAGCAAGAGGGCUGGGGAGAGUCAUCUAAGAUUUAGAGAAUAAGGCUAUGUGACGUCACAUUAUUAAGCAAAGAAAACUCGAAACACCACAGGAAGCCCAAAACACCCCAGGAAACCCGUGAAGAAAACAAGGGGCUAGGCGUGAAACCGCGUUAAUACACACACCAGACAGUACUAAGAUGGACGCCGAGACUCAGAGACUUUGUAUCAGACUUGUGUGGCACUGCUGUUUUUGUUUAAUUUUGAAUACUGAAAUAAAAUCGUAUUUUCGGCAACAACA